AUGGCCUGGCAGUGGUGCACUUAUGGCGUUUGUGUUUGCACCUUUCAUCUCCUGGAAUUUGGCGUAACUGCAAUUUCGAAUCCGACAGUGGUGUCAGCGGAUUCGUUUUUGGUGAAUCACUCUCUGACAUACACCGCAGCGGCCUUAACAUCAUGGACAGAGUUUGGUCUUAGAGUAGCGUUGGUUCCUUCGUGGAAUUAUCCGAGUAUGUCUGUAUGCGUGGCACUCCCUUUGGUACUACUCUCCCAAAUGAUUCGCUCGCUGGCGAUGGCAACUGCUGGUGAAUCAUUUAAUCAUCUCAUUCAAACAACCAAGAAAGAAAACCAUGUGUUGAUUACUCACGGCAUUUACAAACUACUCCGACAUCCCUCCUAUGUUGGAUUCUACUAUUGGUCCGUUGGUACGCAACUCUUGCUCGGAAAUUUCCUGCAUGCAGCUGCUUUCGCGGUCGUCUCAUGGGUGUUUUUCAAUCGUCGAAUCGCCUACGAAGAAGAAAGUCUGUGCCUGCAUUUUCCACAUGAAUAUCCCGCUUAUGUGGCAAGGUCAUGGAUGGGGAUUCCC